AUGUAUAUUCGGUCAUUAUUGCUAGUCGUCGUUUCGACCUUUUUUGCAUUGACCAGUGCCAUCAAGUUUGAUUUAUCUGCUGUUAAAAAAGAUAGAUUUGCAGAAGGGACUAAAUGUCUUUCACAAUACGUGUCCAAAGAUACCUUAAUUUUGGCCACUGUUAACGUGGGCGAAGGAUACAAUCAACGCGUUGAGCUCGAGAUUACAGAUACCUCAGAAAAUCGUAAUGUUUACAUUAAAAAGAGUAAUGUGAAUGGUGAACUUCGUAAUGCUUUUACUACGAUUGAUGAUGGUGAGGUUAUGGUCUGUUUCACCAAUGUACUUGAUGAUGGAUUCCAGGAAGGAUCACAAUAUAGACGCACAAUUGAAUUACAAUUCAGUGUUGGCGCAGAGGCUACUGACUUUAAGAACAUGGCUAAAGCUGAAAAGUUAACUCCUCUUGAACUUGAACUUCGUAAAUUGGAGACUGUAGUAAAGGAAAUUGUUGAUGAGAUGAAUUAUUUGAAGCGACGUGAAGCGAGAAUGAGAGACACAAAUGGUAAAAAAAAAAAAAUGGACAUAUAA